AUGUCCGCAGGUGCUUUGUCAGAAUGGCAGAAGCUGCCUUUAAGCUUGAGUGAGCUUUGUAUCAACACUACCCUCAGAUGUGGACAGUCCUUCAGGUGGCAGAACCUCCCAGAGAAUCAGGAAUGGCGAUGUGUUCUUUAUGGUCAUUUUAUGUCGCUUAAACAAGACCCAGAUUUCUUGUACUAUAGAUCUGUGCAACCCCCUUCCCAUACAAUCACACCAACCUCCGACAAUGACCAUCUCGUCCGCAUUAUCAAACAUUACUUCAACUUAACACCAAAUUUGACCGAACUCUACUCCCAAUGGUCAUCACAAGAUCCCAACUUCAAGAAAAAGGCUGCCCAAUUCACUGGGAUUAGGAUCCUUCGGCAAGAUGCGUGGGAAGCGUUGAUAUCAUUCAUCUGCAGCAGCAACAAUAAUAUUGCACGGAUCUCGCAAAUGGUGGAGAAACUUUGCAUACAUUAUGGAAAACCUGUGGCCACAAUUGAAGGGCGUGCAUAUUAUGACUUUCCUCCCCCAGGAGCAUUAACUGGCAACGACGUGGAAAGCAAUCUGCGCAAGUUAGGGUUUGGAUACCGGGCCAAGUACAUAUAUCAAACUGCGCUUAUGGUAUCAGCCCGAGAGAAGGGCUGGUUAGACAACUUGAGCAACCCCGAGUGUCCAGCAUUUGGCGUUGAUCCUCAACCUAGCGGCGAAAUGAAGCCAGAAGGACGAGAGGGUUAUCGUGAGGCCCAUGAAAAGCUUCUUGAGCUACAGGGAGUCGGACCAAAAGUCUCAGACUGUGUUAGUCUGAUGGGCUUAGGCUGGGGAGAGUCUGUGCCGGUUGAUACUCAUGUGUGGCAAAUCGCACAGCGAGACUACAAAUUUGGAAAAAGUUCCAACAAGAAUUUGAACAAGACAACUUAUGAUGCUGUCGCCAAUCAUUUCCGCAAGCUUUGGGGCAAAGAAGCUGGAUGGGCUCAUAGUGUGCUUUUCACUGCGGACCUGCGGACCUUUGCAGACAAACUUGCUGCAACCAAGAAGGUUAAUGUGAAAGUGAAGGAUGAAGAGUCUGAUGUCAAGAUUGAGACAAAAGUGACAACUGCUCUCUCUUUGGAGGCUCCUAAGGAGGAAGACAUGGAGGAAGAUGCCAAAGUGAAAGUCAAGGUCGAGGACAUAGAUCAUGCCAAGCCCAGCAGCAUGAAGCGCAAGGGAGCCGAAACCAUUGUUCCAGCGGCUCAAACAACGGAGACACGAAGAGUGUCCAAGCGACUUAGGCGCUGA